AUGCUCCGACGGCCCGCCACAACGCUCAGCAUCACGGCCGAGGACGUGGCCGCGUACGAGGACCGCCGGGCGCGCGAAGCAGCGGCGGUGCUGGAAACAGUGAGCAACGUUACGAGUGGGGACAUGGCUGAGGAUGACUGGAGCGGUGCCGCAAGCGGAGGUCCCGACAAGGGCGUCAUGAGUACAGCUUGGAAGGAAGGAACUUGA